GCUGAUGUGGGAGAAUUCGCCAGCGAAUGUCAGCUGAAUGGUUACCAACCUUCGAAGGUUUGGAGAACAACCACAUUCUGUCCAAUGAAGUGCCCUGCUAACAGCGUAUAUGAGUCCAAGAUGCGUCCAUGCCAACCGACGUGUAUCAAGCCCGAACCAAUCUUCUGUGAGGAUGAGUUGAUGGAAGGCUGCAAGUGUAAUAAAGGCUUCAUCCGAGAUGGUGAUUCGUGUGUCCCCGAGCAGUCAUGUGGCUGUUGGGAUGCAGACAAAAACUAUUACACGAUUGGUGAUGAGCGCAUAAGCUCCGACUGCACGACACUUUACAAGUGUAUCAAAGUAGGAUCAGUCGCCAAGCUAGGGUCCAGUGAGCUUAAACCUUGUGGCAAGGAUGCUGUAUGCAGACCUGGAGACAAAGGGGUGGGAUGUCGAGCUGUGGUUCGUGGCUUCUUCUCGGACCUAGGAUCGAGUCCAAACCAAGCGGCCUUGGUGGCCUAA